ACUGGGUCGCCGUGGUGAGCUGUGGAGGAAGGAAAAAGUUCAAGAUCCGGUAGCGUCCUGGAUACCAGAAUGGAAAUCAAAUACGCUAUAAAGGUCAUCAUUCUUGCAAAUAUUCUAUCAGUAGGCUUCGCAACCUUCGGACAUGAGCAUGUGCAUAUAAGGAUACACUUGCCGGAGGUAGUGCAGCAACAUGAAAAACAUAUCAUAAAAUAUGAAGAUCAUGGCGGAGGAGGUCACGGAGGUGGAGGUGGAGGCGGCGGAGGUGAUGAUCAUCACAUUGAUGUCUCCGGUCCUGGAGACAUAGGAGGUGGCCAUGGAGGAGGUUUUGGAGGAGGUCAUGGAGGUGGAUAUGGAGGAGGCGGUGGUUUCGGAGGUGGUUUCGGAGGGGGUCAUGGAGGAGGUCAUGGAGUUGGUGGAGGUUUUGGAGGAGGUUUUGGAGGUGGUCAUGACGAUAUUGGCGGAGGAGGUAUCAUCGUAGAUCAUGGUGGUGGUCAUGGAGGAGGCUACGGCGGUGGCGGUGGUUUUGGAGGUGGCCAUGGAGGAGGUGGUUAUGGCGGGGGGGGGGGCGGAGGAGGUGGUAUCAUCAUAGAUCAUGGAGGACAUGGUGACGGCGGCGGCGGUUUUGGAGGUGGUCACGGAGGUGGCGGUUAUGGCGGCGGAGGUGGUGGAGGCGGCGGUAUUAUCAUAGACCAUGGAGGACAUGGCGGCGGCGGUGGUGGCGGUUUUGGAGGCGGUCACGGAGGUGGUGGUUACGGCGGAGGAGGUGGCGGAGGCGGCGGGAUUAUCAUAGAACACGAUGAACAUGGUGGUGGCGGCGGCGGUUAUGGAGGUGGACAUGGAGGUGGCGGUUUUGGUGGAGGACAUGGAGGUGGCUUUGGAGGAAGUGGUGGAUACGGAGGAGGACACGGUGGUGGUUUUGGAGGUGGCCACGGCGGUGGAUUUGGAGGUGGCCACGGCGGUGGAUUUGGAGGAGGAAGUGGAUAUGGAGGCGGUGGUGGCUUUGGUGGUGGUCACGGAGGAGGUGGAUUUGAUGGACAUGGCGAUUUUGGAGGCGGACAUGAUAUCGGUGGAGAUGAUCAUGGCUCUAGCGGUUAUGGCAAUAGUAUAUCAUCUGAUUUUGGUAGCAGUGGCCAUGGCGGAAGCAGUUACAUUUCUAGCGGCUUCGAUUCCUAUUCAAGCGGUCACGGCGGUGGCGGAGGCGGUGGUGGUGGCGGUGGCGGUGGUUACGGUGGAGGUCACAGUGGUGGUUUCUCCGGUUAUCACAAAAAGAAAUAAGAAAUUAUUCUACUGAAAUUAUUCUACCAAUAUGUUGGGCAUUGGGAUAUUUACAGCUGUAAAUGUCUGCAUACUGACACAUUUUCAACUGAUAUUUGAUUGAUUCAAAAGCAAGUUUAAAUCUUCAGUAGAAAUCAUUACGCUGCCACUUUAAUUGUGUGAUAUAUCAUAAUAUACAAAGGAAUCGUAAUACUGCCACUUUAAUUGUGUGAUAUACGAUGAUAUACAAAGAAGAAUUUAAUAUUUUUUACUUUUUUGUAUGAACUUAUAAGACUGUAAUUUUGUCGGUUUUUUUUUAAUUUUUAUUAGUAAUUUUCGAUAACCAUUUCAACAGAAAUACGUUAAACCAGACUACUUUCACUGACUUUAUAUCUGAUUAUUGUUUGACAUAACGAAAUGACGACAAACUGACACGUAACUAGAAUUUAUAUUUCUAUAAAGUCAUAGGAAAGACGGCUGCAUAGAUUCAUAAAAAAUAGUUUUUUUAAACAAUUAGUCAGUAAAAAAUUAAUCUGACGUUUUUUAAAAAUAAAUUAUCUUACUCUUUAUAGACUAAUGUAAACCAUUAUAUCAAAUAAACCCGAUUUAACUAUUAUAUUUGUGACGCCGUAAAAAUUAGACAAUCUUUUCAAUUGUUAUAGAAUAAUAAAUUAAUACAACAAAAUAUUGAAACAAAUACA